AUUAAUAUGUAAAACAAAUACGAUCAACUUUUAGAAGAAACUAAAACAAAAAUUCUUGCAAUAGUAGAAUUAAAACCUGAAAACCAAUGGACUUUGGAUACCAAUAAGGAUGGUUAUGUAAUUUAUACUAAAAACAAUCCUGAAAAUGGACUUAAAAUAAAUAGAACAGAAACAAAUGCUGCUGUGAAUCCAGAAGAAUUUGUAAAUUUUGUAAUAGAUAUGACUAGAAAAAAGGAAUAUGAUUCAAAUUUUUUAGAAGUAAAAUUAAUAAAUAAUUAAUAAUAGGGAAGAUUGAUUGAGAAGGUGGAUUAAAACACUUUCAUAUUUUAUGCAAGAGGAAAACCUCCUGCAUUCUUUGUUGAUCCAAGAGACUUCUGUUUAUUAAGUAGAGUCUAUAAAUUAGGUGACGAUCAUUUUAUGACGAUAAGUAUAAAAUUAGAUCUAAUUUAUUAGCAAAAUCUAUUGAGCAUCCUUAAGUGCCCCCAGUUAAAGGAGUUCAAAGAGGAGAAAUUGUAUUCUCUGCUUGGAUAGUUAAGAAGUAACCAAAUGGAUAAACGAAUAUCAUAAUUAUUGGAAAUAUGAAUCCUAAAGGUGAUAUUCCUAAAACCAUAAUUAAUUAAGGAGCUAAAUACUAAGCAGAAGGAGUUAAGAAAGCUAUUGAUUAUUUGACAAAGAAUAAAAAAUGAUGUAUAUUAUAAUAGUAAUCAAAAAU